CCUAAAUCUAUUGAGUUUGGAGUUGACAUCAAUUGUGGCCAAACUGUGGGCGAUGUCCACAAACGUCAACUGAGUCCCAGCGGCCAUGAAACCUCGGGUGCCAACUUAGCCAGGGGCCAAUUUCACAAAGCGAUCGCUAGCAGUUCUUAUCCUAACUUUGUUCUAACGACUUAUACAUACUUCCUAUCGUUGACUAUACUCUACACGAGUCAUCAGCAGAACAACACACCAUUAUCAACAGUCUUCACUCAUGACACCACACCAGUCGUAUCGCAAGUGGUGGCCAAACCUCAACCGUCUCAUCAGACACUCCACCACUUCUCGCAUACACUCAUCGACUCUCUCCCCAACGCCGUCAAAUAUUUGGCCUAUUUGCAAUAAUUACGAACAUUAAGCUAGUCAGUUGUAAUUGUCCUGAUCCAAGUGCAAUAUUACCUUGUACCGGGUGCGAACAAAAUAUCAUAAAUUGUACCGGGGAGACAUUUGUCGAUUUGGAAGCGAUAUUUACAAAAUUAAGCAAAACUCUGACUCCGGAGCAAAAAUAUUUUAAACAUUUUUUAUUCGACAACCACAAUAACACCAAGCUAACGGCUAACUUAUUUCAAGAUAUUUUAUUCGAAAUUAUCGACUUCUAUAAUUCAGAAUUGACAGAAAUCCACCCUGAUGCUUUCGGUCAAAAUUACAAUUAUACAAAAUUUUUUUAUUUUUGGAAUGAUUGGUCACUACCAGGACAUGCUUUAUUUGAUGUUGUUAUGAGAUUUGAAGUGGUUGAACAAGUCAGUCUACUUGGUGUCAAUUUAACUGGACUAGAUGCUGGUGUGUUUCGCCAGGGUCAUCAAAAAUAUUUAAGCUUUUUUGAGACAGCAGGACAUUUACAAAUUUUGAAUGGCAAUUUAUUCAGCCACCUGACUGCGCUUACUGAUUUGAGUUUGUGGGAUAACAACCUAACUUACAUUGGCGAUAAUGCGUUCGCCAUGGACGAACCCAGUAACUCUACCCUGCACAUUUCACUUAGCGACAAUGAAUAUCUUACGCCAUCAAGUUUCGCGCGUAAUUCAUUGAUCGGGAUCAAUCGACCCACCUCAAUCGAUUUGUCAAAUUCUCAGGCAAUUUCCAAAUUUACAUAUUUUCCCGAAGACGUGUUUUGGCCAUUUUUUGCGGCCAACCCGUUAAAUGUGAUUGGUCGAUUUGAUAGCACCAAUUUCGAUUGCCAGGAUUGUAAAUCGUACUGGCUCAAACAGCGCGCGUUGUUCAAACGUAUUCCCGAUUUAAAAUGCUCGAACGGAAAGGCUGUCGACGAUCCUGAUAAUUUUAAAAACUGUCAUACGGGAGGCUCUUACUCACAAAUGCCACUUGUUAAUAGAAUUGACCAUGGUGAUGGUGUCAAUGUUAAUUUAAAACCAAUAAUUAUUGAGGAAGGUAACAGAAAGAAAAUUAUUGUUGGCGACAAAAUUAAGUACAAUAAAAAUCUUUAAAAAUUUUUGUAUGCUAUGACACAAUGAAUUUAAUAAAAGGAAUUAAUUUUAAAUAGA